UGUGCCACUUUCAGGUCUCCUCACACACUGCUGGUGUGUUCAAUUUUUUGUCAUAGGGUGCUGGCAGAUUACGGGCCUCCUAUAGCUGCUGCCAGGCCCCUAAUCUGCCAUGGGCCCCUAUACCGCCUCCUCAUGCUGCUGCCAGGUCCACAGUCUCUCAUGGGUCCCUGUACGGCCUCCCAUUGCUGCUGUCUCCAUCGCCACACUCUGCCAUGUGCCACUUUCAGGUCUCCUCACACUCCUGCUGGUUUCCAUUUUGUCAUAGGUUGCUGUAUGGCCUCCCAUUGCUGCUGCCUCCACCGCCACACUGUGGCUCCAAACACUGGUUUUGGCCCCGUGACUGGCCAAAUGAGUGAAGUGUGCGGUGAUUCUAAGAUCGACGGCACUCAUCUGCAUGUCAUACUG